AUAAAGAACCAGCAGACCAGCCCUCACCGAGCACAACAAACAUGGCAGAUAAGAAGAUUGUGGCUCCUUCUCAGAAAAUCCUCACUAAAAGUGAGGGAGAAGAAAUAGUACAGAAAUUCCAACAAAUGAGAAAUGAACAACGAUCCUUAAUGGCCAAAAUAACAGAGUUGGAGCAAGACCUGAAUGAACACAAAAUUGUAAUUGAGACUCUUCAAGAUGUGUCUCCCGAUCGGAAGUGUUUCCGCAUGGUUGGAGGAGUUUUGGUGGAACGUACUGUAAUGGAAGUUUUGCCUGCAUUGCAGAACAAUAAAGAACAAUUAACGAAGGUAAUUGAUAGUCUCAACUCCAAGCUGGUCAGCAAGGGAAAGGAAGUCAAUGAAUUCCGUGCAAAGCAUAAUAUCAAAAUCAGAGGACAAGAAGAUAUUAAAGAACCUCAACAGUCAGACUCCACAACAGGCACUCAGGGAGUUCUUGUCUCUAAUAAGUCCUAGUCGUAUUGAUAUAUAAUUUCUUAUGACAGACUACUUAUGUAGUCUUUGUUCAGCUACAUGCUUUAACAGGACUCCAUAUAUUGAAAAUAAACUUGGUUUAUACUUUUAAGUUGAAUGUGAUCAAAAGUGGGUGAAACUGCCGAAUCAGUUUGAUUGGAGUCCUGAAUGAUUGGUUUCAAUAUCUGGUACAAUACUUAGAAAGCCAUGUAAUUAUUAUUACCCAGAAACUGAUGGAUUCUUCACUGAAAGUGGUGAAUGACUUUGAAGAUGUGUGAAUAUUUUAUUUCAUAUUAUGUGCUGUAAUUUUAUGAAUAUUUAUGAGGUACUCAUUUAAUAAUAGGCAAGAUCACCACUGCCAAGAACAAAGUGUCUUCAUAUGCAAUUACAUGGAAACUUGUAUGUAAUCUCCAUGUCCUUCAUUGCCAUGAUGAGUGAAUGUAUACAUUUUGCCCAAUGCUCUGUAGUGGUAAGUGAGAAAAUUAUUGGCAUCUACUCUCUUUAGAGACUGCUUGAGAACUUUUGUCUUACUCAUUUGUUCAUGUUGCAAAAAAUUUAUAUCACCAUAAUUUGAGACCUCCUAUGUGAUGUUAUGUAUAGUUUAUCUCCAUUAGAUCUUUUGUAUUUGCUGUGGUCGUGUAGCUACUCUUGGUGAGUAUCGAUGGCCUGUAUGGCAUUAAGAAUUAUACUGGCAGCAUAGAUUAUUUGCUGAUUUAUCUUUUUAUUGAAAUGAUGAGGAUGUUAAGCUUGUGUAUAAGCCACUUUUUGGUGACUUUUCUUUCCCUUGUGAAUAGGGGCGCAGCAGAUUUGUUAUAGCAAGUAAUAUCUAAGGUUACAUCAGGAAUCAGUUGAGUGGGAGUUAAAGGUUAUGGCUAAAUUAUUUAUCUGUAAUUUUAAAGUAAUUGGUAACUAUACUGUAUAUACUGUACAAUAAAUUUGCAAAUUUAGUUUCUGCACGGGCAAAAUCAGCAUGGCCGUAAAUCUGUUUUGUCAAGAAUAUGGUUUUGAAAGUUUCAUAGCAGUCACCAUCCUAACUAAAUGAAUGUGAUCAAGGUGUGCAUAAAGUCAACUUUCAUUAUUACAUAUUUUAAUACUAAUAUGUAGCAGCAUUUAAAAAUCUGUUAAUACAUUAAUUAAACCGCAUUGACAUUACUAAAAUCCUAUGCUUAGUUUUCUGUUGUCUAGAUAAACCAGUGUUCAUAUCCCAUUUUGGAAGGUGGCUUGUGGCCAUUGGUAAUGUCUAUAUGCAGAAGAUGCAGUGAUUUUAACAGUGAAAACUAAUUUUGAAAGCUGGAAAUAACUAUAACUGUGUGAUAGAAGGUAAAUGUGGAGAAGAUUAAAGAAGGAUUUUUUUUAGAGAAUGUAGUUUGAUAUAGUGUAUUUAAGGAAACCACACUGAUUAGAAAACUUAGUGAAUUAAAGUGUUCAAUUGAAAUUAAGAUUUUAGUUGCAGAAUGUCAGAGAUUGGCUGCAGAUAUUUUGAAGUAAUCUCACAUAAGAAUUGUAUGCUGGAAAGUGAAAUUCAGUAGAUAAUAAAACAUGGAGUAGGACUGGGGAAACAGUGGGAUGUAAGCUUGGGGGAAGGAAGGAAAUCUUUAUAAUGUUCCUACUUAAAUUUAUAGCAGAGAUGAUGUACCCGAGAGAGACAUCUGCAGAUUACCAGAAUGGAAGACAUUAAAAGUAAUGAAGCAUACGGAAUGUUUUGAAUGAAAAAGAAGGCAGAGUGUGUAAAUUGUGGAAGAGAAGGAGAGCCUUUUCUUGCAUGCUUUGUGUACUGGGGCAUUAUAGCAUUUGUGUUGGAUAGAGAGAGACGAGGUACAUCACAGGAGGGGAAAGUGUGGAACCAUACAUUAAGAAGUGUGUUGGAGGGGAUUGAGAGAAGAAGAAAAGUAAGAGGGUAGACUGGGAGCUCAUCUUUCAUAGCCACCCCCUUCAAGAGUGAGACUGAGGGGAAGGUGUUAGUGUGACAGUGAAAUGCUUAACAGUUUAUGAUUAUAUAAUUUACGAAAAAAAAAAAUGGUAGGAAUACUUAAUGCGCAUAAUGUUGGAGAACUUUAAACACCUGUUUUAAGUUGCAAUAAUUAUAACAUUCUUUCCAUUUCAAUUCUUGCUAGUGGAGGAUGUAUAACUUCGGUUAAUCAUGUAAUUAAGAAAAUAAAUGCUUUAAAUUUUGAAGCUUAACAAAA